AUGAGUGCAGCGACUCCCUACAUAGGUUCGAAAAUCUCGUUGGUGACGAGCAGCGAUUUGCGGUAUGAGGGUGUGUUGAUCAACAUCAACACUGCACAGUCGACGGUUACGUUGCGUGACGUUCGCAUGACCGGGACUGAGAGAGCUGGUCAGUUCGUGAUGCCGACGAACGAGGUGUAUGACUACAUUGUGUUCAACGGUAAGGACAUCAAAGAUCUGACAGUGUCGGAGCCAGCGCCUGCGACGACGAGCAUGUCUGCCCGACAAGAUCCGGCCGUGGUAGCUGUCAACAUCCCGCCGCAUCAUCUGGGCAACGGCUACGGCCCUCCCGCCAGUUACGGUCAGGGUGCCGGCCAGGGUUACGGCGGUGGCUACGGUGGAGGCUACGGAGGCGGACCCGGUGGCUACGGUCGGUACGAAGACUACGCACCCGGGAGGCGACCGAACGCGCGCUUCGCCAAAGGCGGUCCGGGUGCCAACAGGGGUGGUGUAGUAGGUGAAUUGUCAGCCCAGCCCAAUAACUCGCUCAAGCAACAGGUCGCCGAUGCUUUCGACUUUGAGCAAGCCAACACCAAGUUCGCUAAGGACGCCGCCGAUGUGCCCAGUGCCACCACACCUGCUGCGUACAACAGAGAAACCAGCUUCUUUGAUAACAUCAGCUGCGAAGCCUUGUCUCGUAAAAACCAACCUAGUGGCGGACCAAACAACCGCGUCGACCGCGAGAAACAGCGAGAACUCGACACUGAAACCUUCGGACCCGGUGCAGCCGCUUCCAACCUGCGCUACCCCAGAAGACCCUUCAAACGUAACCGCAAUCUGGCACGCGGUGGCGCCGCUCAAGCCGCCUACGUUAACAGAGGCUACCUCAAUGUCACCUACUAG